UUUAGACGGUUGUCUUCUGUCACAAACAUUGACCGUGUGUGUGUGUGUGUGUGUGUGUGUGUGUGUAAAGUGUGAACCUCAGCAUGUUCCAUUGAUCACAGCAGUAGUGCAAGCCUCUGCACAUCCACAGUUCUAGAACAACAGACGAGGACGGUGCUGCAGCCUCAUGUCCCCACAGACCCCGCCCCCCUAACGCCAUCGCACCCACCACCCACCUACCCACCCCUGACCUCUGACCCCCAAAGUCCUCCCAGUACAGUUGAAUGCAGCAGAGUCACGUGUGGUUUGUUUUAAAGGAUUUUGCCUCCAUCAACAGAAAAGUGCAGAGGAGAAGGGUUUUUUUUUUGGAUUUCAGCGUCCAGCGUCCUCGUCCACACCUCACUCUCUCUGUCACUGUCUCCCUGAGGAAAGGCUGACUCUUAAUUGGACUCAUUUAUCCUGAUUAAUUCAGAGCCUGAAGCCUUGGCUGCCGUCAUAGUGUCACUCAUGAUGUACAGCUUCAUGGGAGGGGGCCUGUUCUGUGCCAUCAUGGGGAACAUCUUGUUGGUGGUCUCCACGGCAACAGACUACUGGAUGCAGUACCGUCUGUCCAGCAGCUUCGCCCACCAGGGCCUGUGGAGGUACUGCAUGUCUGGAAAGUGUUACAUGCAGACUGACAGCAUUGCGUACUGGAACGCCACCCGGGCCUUCAUGAUCCUCUCCGCCAUGUCGUGCUUCGCCGGCAUCAUCGCGGGAAUCCUCUCCUUCGCUCAUUUCUCCGCCUUUGAGAAGUUCAACCGCUCGUUUGCUGCCGGCAUCAUGUUCUUUGUUUCCACUCUCUUUGUUCUUCUUGCCAUGGCCAUCUACACCGGAGUGACAGUCAACUUCCUGGGCAAGCGUUUUGGUGACUGGCGUUUCUCCUGGUCUUACAUCCUGGGCUGGGUGUCUCUGCUCAUGACCUUCUUUGCAGGUAUAUUCUACAUGUGUGCCUACAGAAUGCACGAGUGCAGAAGAGUGUCCGGCUCACGUUAAACAUCACACACAGUGUCGAAGGUGCAAAGACUUCACUUCUUAUUCCUAAAUGGACAAACUAUUGUUAAACAAUAAAAUGUGACACUGUC